CUCUGAGCUUCCUGAUACCAGCACAGCCGCGAAAUCAUAGCUUGGCAAAUGUUCACUCUGCCUCAUUGUCUAGCUAUGCGAAAUGCCACCAAAACAAGGAGCUGGAUUUCAAGACCCGAUCAUUGUGGACGAUUCGGAGACAGAGGACGAAGAUGAGGCGCCAAAAAGGGGCGGCUGGGGCGAGGAUAUUUCAAGACCGACUCAGAACGAGGUCAGGCAUGGAACCGCAGCAGGAGGGUCGGUCGGUGGCCUGAGUCUGCUGGAUAGAGCUCAGCUGGAGACUGAGAGGAAAGAACGAGCUGCAAAACGUGCUAUGGAAGAGGCCGGCCCUUCACAGCCGCCAGCCCAACGCUCUCGCAUGACAGGUCCGUCUCAAGACGGAGCUUCCGUUCACAGCCUGACAGAUGCUGGCCAGGCCCGUAGAUCUGUAGCGAAUGAGUCGGGUACUUAUAAGCAUACUGUCAGCAGCUCUCUUGAGCGCAUACAGUCUAGAGAUCGCUUUUGGGACGGAACAGUGAGGCGAUCCUACAACCAUUACGCCACUCCAGCGCCUAACGGAAUGCGCUUUGAGGACAUGCUCCUCCCCACCACUGCGAAUGACUCGGCCGGCUGCACCCACAUCCUUUUCAGCAGCUUCUGCGCUGAUCCUACUUGGCUACCAACUUUGGUGCCCAGCGGCUCGAGGGCACCUCGUGUGACCCUUGUCGACGACAUGCAGAAGGCGGUCAGUAGUCUGACGUUCGGGUACAUGUUGGUGCUGUUGCUCAACAUUCUCUCUCCUUGUAAGCCGCAGAGCACUGCGGAGAUCAAGAGAUUGUGGCCGGCAAGCUGGACUUAUGUUGCUCCCAAGCGGCCCAAAGAAGGAGCAUGGGGCGUGCAGCACGUCAAGAUAGUGAUGUUGAAGUACCCUGAUCGAUUGCGCAUCUGUAUCUUGACCGGCAACUUGAUCGAAUACGACUGGUAUCAAGUCGAAAAUCUGGCAUAUGUACAAGAUUUUCGCAGGUUGUCAGAGGGCCAGGAAGCUGUCAGCAGGGCUUCGGAUGCUUUCAAGCAGCUUGCCACCUUGUUCAACUCUUGGAAUAUGAAGUCUCAGGAGCACCCUUGCGUGAAAGCUCUGGAGGAGUAUGAUCUCUCAGCAUUCGGGGGAAGCUCGGGUGCGCGCUUGUGUGCCAGCUUCCCUGAGCCAGGCCUAGUAUCAGUCUGGGGAUGGAAGUCGAUCGAGACCCGUGGAUUAGGCCGUUUGAAACGGAUCAUCGACGAUUUCAAGAUUACUCCGCGUCGAGGCGGGAUGCAGCUUUUGACGCAGGGCUCUUCGUUGGGUGGACGUAGCAACGUCUUGUGGCUACAUCACCUGCACUUGAUUGCAUCGGGUCUUGGCCGACUAGUGCCUCUGCCAGCUGGCACAAGCCAAGCAAAAGGAGCACAUAAAGCUGCUCUGAGCUCAGCAGCGGUCCCAGAAGACUACGACACUGAAGAAGUUGUGGAUUUUGGUGAUUGGCCUCCGGUCCGCAUUCAGUUUCCCACUCUCGCUCAAGUAGAUGAGGCUCCUGGAGGAAGAUCAUCGGCCGGAACAUUCUUUGCCAAGACGGCCGAGAUUGACAAGAAUCGACAGGUGAUGCAUCAGCCUGCCAGUCAGCGGGGCACAAUGCUCAUGCAUUUGAAGAUCAUCUUUGCCCUUCAGCCUGGGGUUACUUGGGAACCUUCUCCAUCACCGUCACGCAAAGGACAAAGUGCGUCAUCAAGUUGGUCCUCAGCAGGUCGCACCCUGGGUGGUAGCAGCAGCGCCUCCACGGGCUCAGAGGCUGUUUGCAUGCCACUUGAUGCAGAAUCAGCACGAGAGCAAGCCAAACAGCGAGUGCUAGAGAAGAGGAGGAAGGCAGAAUUCGUCGGCUGGCUGUACAUGGGUAGUGCGAACUUGACAGCUGCAGCCUGGGGUCACAUUAGCAAGCCGAAAGACGCUGCUAACCCAACGAUGACUGGCCUGCUGAAUCACGAGCUGGGAAUUGUUUUUCCAAUUUCGCGCAAGGACUUGAGCGCUGAUCAUCCAAGUUUUGCACGAGACGCGCUCGCUUUCCACCACAAGCCAAAGCCUUAUGGGCCUGCCGACAAAGUGUGGGACCAGCAAAAGUUUGGCGUUGGUCCUUGACGACCGACGAAUGAUCUGCUCGACAUUUCUGUCGUCUCUCAUCUCUCUGUACCAUAUCACAUUCCUCCGCACUCGCUCCCUUCUUCAUUGAAGCUUGAUCACACCAAUCGAUGACUUCAUUGAGAGCGGAGACGUGUAAUGUUGGUACAAAAUGCGCGCUGCGCGGUACGCUCCAAGCUUUGAUGUCACGUCACCCGAGCCUAUUGGUAUUCUCCGUACCAGCCUUGGCGUGAUCCU